AGGAAGUGUGCCAGGAAAAUCACUAGGAAGAGCUGUGACUUUUGCAAGAAUGGCUUCUCCAAUUCAAUUGAUGAGCGUAUGUGCCCUGAUUUUUGUCCUAUGCCUGCCCACUGCCCAGACUGGCAGGAUCCUGGUGAUACCAGUGGACGGGAGCCACUGGAUUAAUAUAAAAAUCCUGAUGAUGGAAUUAAUGAAGAAGGGCCAUGAGUUAACUGUACUCGCACCGUCAAACAGCUUAUACAUUGACCAGUCAUCAGAAGACUUCCACGUAGAAAUCGUACCUGUGACUGACAGCCAUGCCCUCACCAGAGAUCAGUUUGAGGAGUUUGCCCUUAAGUGGAUCAUUAGUAACGCCUUCCCCAAAGACCCUUCCACUUUCACUCUCGCCUGGGAUUUCAUCAAAACCAUCAAAACCGGCACAUCUGUAGUUAGUCUCCUCAGUAACCUAUUUGAGAAUAAGGAUUUGAUGGAGCGUCUUGGAACUGCUGGCUUUGACUUGGUGCUUGCUGACCCCUAUACUGUAGGAGGAGUGAUGCUAUCUAAUUAUCUGAAGCUUCCUCUUGUAUUUUUUGGGAGGUGGAUGCCCUCAGAAGACAUUCACUUUGCCAUAGCCCCGUCUCCUCUUUCCUACGUGCCUGUCAUAAACUCCAGGGUGACAGACAGGAUGACUUUCUCUGAGAGAAUGAAGAAUGUUCUCCUCUAUACACUUUAUCUGGUUUCUACGAGAUUCUUUGUAUACCCCAAAUACGACGAACUUAGCAAGCGUUACCUUGGCACAGAUCUUACUGUGCUUGAGAUGUACCAAAGGGCUGACAUAUACCUCAUGAAAGUGGACUUUGUCUUUGAGUUCCCACGGCCCACCAUGCCCAAUGUUGUGUAUAUCGGUGGUUUCCAGUGCCAGGCAUCCAAGCCUCUAGCCCAAGAGUUCCAGGAGUUCAUGGACAGCUCAAAGCAAGGGGUAGUCAUCUUCUCCUUGGGCACCAUAUUGAAGACCCUACCUCUCAACAUCGCUAGAGAGAUUGCAGCAGGUUUGGCCCAGCUCCCUGAAAGGGUCAUCUGGAGGUACACAGGAGAACAGCCUGAUACUUUGGGCAACAACACCAAAACGGUAAACUGGCUACCACAGAAUGACCUGCUUGGCCACCCAAACACCAAAGCUUUCCUGGCUCAUGGAGGGGAGAACGGAGUCUACGAAGCCAUUUAUAAUGGUGUCCCUAUAGUUGGGAUACCUAUCUUUGGGGAUCAGUAUGAAAACCUUCUACGCCUCAAAGCCAAAGGAGCUGCUGUCAUGCUGGAAAGUCUUUUGAAUGUUUCCUCAAGAGACAUUGUCAAUGCAGUGCGUUUGGUCAUUGAUGACCCAUCCUAUAGAGAUGCCAUGAGAAACCUCUCCAAACUGCACAGGGACACGCCAAUACCACCUCUAGAUGCUGCUGUUUUUUGGACAGAGUUUGCAAUGCGCCAUGGAGGUGCAGGGCACCUAAAAGCAACAGGUAAUAAUCUGCCCUGGUAUCAGUAUUACCUCCUGGAUGUAAUCUUGGCUCUGGUCCUCACAGUCUCAGUCUGUCUCUACUUGGUAUGGAGAGUUCUAAAAGCUAUCAUAAGGAGGACAUGCUGUCCUAGAAGGAGCAGGAAAAACAAGCAGGACUGAUAUUUAGUAACGAUCAUAUCACAUGUAACAGUAUAUAGUGUAUUGACCAACUGUAUUGACUUUGGGGUUUUAUGGUUAAUAAAUUGAA